AUGACGGAUUAUAAUGCGCUCAAGGUCCCGGAGCUCAAGGCCAUACUGGGCCAGCGAAAGCUCCCGCAGACAGGAAACAAGCAAGCGCUAAUCGCGCGACUACAAGAGGAUGACGACAAGGCCGCCGCUGGUAGUGAGGAGGCCAAGCCAGAAGCCGCCAAGCAGGACGAAAUCAGCUACAGCGACGACGAGCCCGCCGCAUCCAAGCCCGCUGCCGCAGCAGAGCCAAAGCCCGAAGAGCCAGCCAAGGAGGAGGUCCCCAAGGAGGAGGUCCCGGCUCCCGCCGACGCCGACGCCGACGCUGCCGCUGCCGCUGAAAAGACGGACGCUGCCGAGCCCGCCGAGCCCGCGCAAUCGUAUGCCAUCGGUCUCGCGUCAACCGCCGCCGACGAGGAGGCCAAAAAGCGUGCGGAGCGAGCCAAGCGGUUCGGCAUCGAAGAGGACGAGGAUGCCAAGAGGCGCGCAGACCGCGCGAAGCGCUUCGGCCUCGACCAGAACGAACUCUCCUCCAGCCUGGACUCGGCGCUGCCGGAACGCCGACUGAAGCGCGGCCGCGGCCGCGACGGCGACAACCGCCCGGCGAAGCGUCAGAGUCUCGACGGGAGAGGACGCCCCGGCAGAGGUCCCCGGCAGGGAGGGAACAAGGAGCGCGGCGAAAGGGCCGUGCUGGACGACGCCGUCGAGAGGACCAAGGCCGAGAAGAGAGCUGCCAGGUUCGCGGCUGCCUAG